AUGGCAGCUACCAACGACUGGACGCCAACCUCCUGGCGCUCAAAGCCCAUCAAGCAAGAAGUUGUCUACGACGACCAACUUGCGGUCAACAAAGCCGUGACCAAACUCACCAAUCUACCUCCUCUCGUCACUGCUCAUGAGAUCUGGAAACUACGUGCUUCGCUACGAGAUGUCGCGCUUGGAAAGUCUUUCUUGCUCCAGGGAGGUGAUUGUGCCGAACUUUUCUCGUACUGCAAUGCUGGCUCUAUCGACAGCAAGACAAAACUGCUUUUGCAAAUGUCACUAGUACUGGUUUACGGUGCCAACAAGCCCGUGGUCCGUAUCGCGCGUAUGGCAGGCCAGUACGCAAAACCCAGAUCUUCACCAAUGGAGACUCAACCCGAUGGCACGAAGAUCCCUUCUUUCCGUGGUGACAUUCUGAAUGGCUUCCCUGCUGAGGAAAGAGCGAUUGACCCUGGACGUCUCGUUGAGGCUUACUUCCACUCUGCUGCCACUCUGAAUUACCUUCGCGCUCAACUGGCUUCUGGUGUCGCUGACUUGCACAACCCUCUGGACUGGAAUCUGGGUCAUGUAUCAGAUCCUGAUCUUGCAGAGCGCUACCACAAGAUCGUCGACUCAAUUGCUGAGUCGCUCCGUUUCAUGCGCACAAUUGGUGCAGAUACAGCAGGACAACUACAAACUGUCGAUCUCUACACUUCCCACGAAGGUCUGCUUCUGGAGUACGAAAGCGCAAUGACCAGAAAGCUCCGUCACCCUAACAACAAGUUCUCCGCUUGUGCUGGAGUCCCCGCUGAGACUCGCAGCAAUAACAGCGACUCAGAAGAUGAGGAGGACGAAUCAGGCCACUACAAUACCUCAGCCCACUUCCUAUGGGUAGGCGACCGCACACGCCAGCCCGACCACGCCCACAUCGAGUACUUCCGUGGUAUCAUCAACCCUAUCGGUAUCAAGGUCGGUCCUACAACCUCUGUCUCCGAUCUCUGCGAGCUCCUCGACGUUGUCAACCCCGACAAGGAGAUCGGCAAGGUUACCCUAAUCACACGUUACGGUCAAGACAAGGUUGCAGACCUACUGCCCACACACAUCAAGGCCGUCAGAGAGAGCGGCCACAUCGUUGUCUGGCAAUGUGACCCCAUGCACGGAAACACUCGUUCCACCGCCACAGGCAUCAAGACCAGAUCUUUCGGCGCCGUGUUCAACGAGUUGGAAGCUUCAUUGCGCAUUCACCGCGCUUUGGGUAGUGUUCUGGGUGGUGUGCAUCUGGAGUUGACUGGUGAUGACGUUACCGAGUGUACAGGUGGCAGUGUUGGUCUGGAAGACGAGGAUUUGGGAAGCAGAUACGAAACUUUCUGUGAUCCGAGAUUGAACGAGAAGCAGGCUCUUGAAUUGGCCUUCUUAAUCGCUGGCUUCCAGAGAAAGGGAAGAGCUAGUGUUGCAGUCUAG